AUGUAUGUUAUUGAUAAUGUGGGUCCCGAUGAAUUGUUGUAUUUUUCUAUUUGGCAAAAAGUCAUGCGAGUUUUAUGGGGUCUGAUGCUUGUGACAUCUGUUUUCAUUUAUGGCUCACAUGCCCCUCUUGUAGUCUUGUGCAAAGUAAAUGGAGCCAUCCCUUUCAGUUCAUCUGCUGUUGUCCUUCUGAUUGAGUUGUCCAAGCUCAUAGUGUCCUCAUUACUUCUCUUGAUAUGGGAUCAAAAGUCAUUGGGAAUAUCAGUCUCUUGGCAUUUAGCUGCCCCAUAUGCCCUGCCUGCUUUUCUUUAUUGUGUGAACAACAAUUUAGUGGUUCACAUACAACACUUUAUGGACCCCAGCAGUUUCCAGGUCUUAAGUAACCUAAAAAUUGUCAGCACUGCAUUUUUAUACAGCUACUUCUUGCACCAAAAGCUUUCCAUAAAGAAGUGGUUUGCUCUAUUCUUGCUCACAACAGCUGGUGUAUUCUAUAGCUAUGGUGGUAUACAUGACCUUGAGAAGGUGUCUUCGCAAAGUCUCCUGUACAUUACCCUUCAAGGCCUCCUGCUAAUGCUGCUGUAUUGCCUUAUUUCUGGACUAUCUGCAGUUUACACAGAGAUGACUCUGAAGAAACAAGACAUACCUCUGAAUAUGCAGAACAUCUUCCUCUAUUCAUUUGGCAUAGCAAUGAACUUAAUAGCUCACAUAACAAGCAGCCCCCAGGACAGUUUUUUUGAUGGUUUUUCCAUUUGGGUGUGGAUAAUAAUUGUCAGCCAAGCCCUUAAUGGCCUCAUCAUGUCUGCCAUAAUGAAACACAGCAGCAAUAUUACUAGACUUUUUGUAAUUUCCUUUUCUAUGCUUGCAAAUGGACUUUUAUCUUACAUUCUUUUCCAGAUGCAGCUUACUGCUCUCUUUUUCUCGGCUGUCAUUCUCAUUGGCUUGGCUGUCUACUUGUAUUAUGGUGUUGCAUAA